AUGAGUUGGUUAGAAGAGUCCAUCAUGAUCUCAUUCCUUUUCAAAGGUACAACAACCAGCACUUGCUUCUAUCUACUUCGAAAGUUUUUAAUUCUACAUUCAAAUCCAACAAAGGGAAAAGAAUUUUAUUGCGCAAAAAAGGAGAGAAAUUCCGAAACGGCAAGAGAGAAUUGUUGUGGCUUAGCAGCAACAUUCACUUGCUGUCUCAGUAGAUGCUUGUCCAGGUAUUGUGAAGCAAAUGAAUCUAAUUCAGAUAUGACUACAGAAAUGUUCAAAGAAUUUAUUCAUUUAGGAUUAGAACACAUAAUUUACGACGAGCAAAAGUAA